CUCGAUGAUACAGCAAAGUAAUAAAUACAAUUGAAGUAGUGAAAAUGUUCAGUACGUUUUGCAUACACCAUUUGUGAACAAGUUUAAAGAUAAUUUUUUAUUUUUAAUUGUUAUACGUUAUAUUAUAUCAUAUUGCAAAAUGUCGAUCAUUACAAAAGGUAUCUUCAUUAUUGCUGCAAAACGAACUCCAUUUGGAACAAUGGGUGGUGUUUUUGCAAACAAAACCGCAACCGAAUUGUCUGUUAUCGCAGCUAAUGCUGCCAUGAAAUCAGCAGCAAUAAAGCCCGAAAAAAUUGAUAGCAUUGUUUUCGGACAAGUAUUAACGUUAGCUGCUGCAGAUGGUGCCUUUUUACCACGUCAUGUUUUACUACAAACUGGUAUACCAUUGGAAAGGUCUGCUUUAGGAGUAAAUAGAUUAUGUGGUUCUGGAUUUCAAUCUAUCGUUAAUGCAGCUCAGAAUAUUCUAACAGGCGAAUCAAGAAUCGUUUUAGCCGGAGGUGCUGAGAAUAUGAGCCAAGUACCAUUCGUUGUCCGAGGCGUUCGUUUUGGAACAAUUUUAGGUCAGAAACAUGAAUUCGAGGAUGCUCUUUGGGCUGGAUUAUAUGAUACUUAUUGUAAUUUACCUAUGGGUCUAACUGCGGAAAAGCUUGGAGAGAAAUAUAAUAUAACACGAGCAGAAGUUGAUGAAUUUUCUUUGAGGAGUCAACAAUUAUGGAAAGCUGCAAAUGAUGCUGGUCGUUUCAAAGAAGAACUUGCUCCAGUAACAGUGAAAGUUAAGAAACAAGAUGUAACAAUCUCCGUAGAUGAACACCCAAGACCUCAAACGACAAAAGAAAAUUUAGCAAAACUGAAUCCUGUUUUUAAGAAGAAUGGUUUAGUCACCGCUGGUUCGGCAUCUGGUAUUUGUGAUGGUGCAGGAGCACUGAUUCUUGCAAGCGAAGAAGUUGUCAAACAAGAAAAAUUGGUACCAUUGGCACGUUUGGUAGGAUACAGUGUCGCUGGUGUCGAUCCUAGUAUUAUGGGAAUUGGACCAGUCCCAGCGAUACGUAAUUUGCUAAAAAUUACAGGUAAAACAUUGGAUGAUAUUGAACUUGUUGAGAUUAACGAGGCUUUCAGUGCUCAAACUUUAGCUUGCGCCAAAGAACUCAAUUUAGAUAUGAACAAGUUAAAUGUAAAUGGUGGUGCGAUUGCGCUUGGCCAUCCAUUAGGCGCAUCAGGUAGUAGAAUUACCGCUCAUUUGGUACAUGAACUUAGGCGUAGAAAGGCUGGUAAAUUAGGUAUUGGUUCAGCGUGUAUCGGUGGAGGUCAAGGAAUAGCCGUUAUGAUAGAAUAUCUCUAAGCGAUUGAAUAAUUUUAUUUAUCUGUCAAUUUUUAGACAUUAUAAUUUACCAAUUGAAAACUCGAAUGAAUGAAAACAGAUAUUUGUGAUAUAUUGGAAUUAUAUCUGUGUUUAUAUCUAUAUAUAUUUAUAUAUUUGUAUACUUACAAUAAUGGGAUCUUAAUCA